AUGGGGUGCGGCUGCUUCGGUGGUGGAAGUAAAGACAACAAAACCGACGACGAUAAAGCCGCCAGGGGAAACGUAAAUUCUUCCUCCGAUAACAAGAAACGGGGAGGAUCUUUAUCUCUCGUGAAGAAGAAAACAUCCUUCGGUAAAAAACAAGAGCAAACACGAAGGUCGUUAGAUGCCAGCGGCACCGACGCGUUCCACGACGCGGACGAUGGCAUAUCGGCACCAGAUUACGCGGUGAAGGAUAGAAACGAAUCCUUUCAACCGUACGCGCACCACUUGCAUCCGAUUUUAGGCAACUUGCAAGGCGAUACUUCCAUGAAAGGCGCUUCGAUACCGCGAUACGACACGCCAGUGAACGAACCGUUAGUAGGAAAGCCAUCGACGUGGUCUGGAAAUCUUGGGAAUUCGCACACGUUUUUACUUCGAGGGAAACAUUAUAAAAGAGACCGAAAGAAGUUUACCAGUCAAUCUUCGGCGUACGAGGUGCAACAACUGUUGGUGUUUCGCUCGGAGAAGAAAGUGAUGGACGUACACGAGAAGAUAUUAGGUAAAAAGGUUGGAGAAUUGAUUAGAGAGAGGGUGCCUUCGGUAUUGAUUGUGAACGUGAUGAUUCCAGAUUAUCCUCCCGAAGGUGGUGUGUUUAGUAAAUUGGCGAAAAUACCUCCGGAUGGGCAAGGUCAUCAAGUGGCGAUGGUGUGCAAGAUAUCGGAUUGGGCGAGAGAGGCAUUUGAGAAUACGAAAGAUUGGAAGGAUUUACCGCCAGAGUUGAGCUUAUUGUUGAGAUACAUCGAAGGUACAGAUGGAAAGGAUGGGUUCGAUGGACCACCGCAUCAGUGCGUGACGAGACAGAAAACGAAAGUGGUGGUCAUGGUGAAAGGAGGGCAGCACGAGUUGCCGUGGCCGGUACGCAUGGCGCUUUCAAAAGGGAACGGGAAACCUUUCAUGACGGAUAGAACUGGGAAUUUUACUAAAAGAGGAGGGUGCUUUGAAAUUGAUAUUGAUGGACACGCGUUCAAACCGUUGGCAACGAAUUCGUUGAGGACGUGUCACGCGUUCUUUAAGUAUUUGAUUUUAGAUAUCGGGGUGGUUGUCCAAGGCGAAAACGAAAAAGAGUUACCGGAGAGACUGUUGACCUGUUUGAGAGUGAGUUAUCCAGAUUUAGAAGCCGUGACGGCAACGUUUGAGAACAUCGAGCCGGAUUUAAAGCAAAGAAAAUGGGUCGAAUGGAAUAAGUUACGGUUACGUGAAGUCGGGUCUUCGUUUAGAUUGCUUCCACUUCCGUCCUUGAAAUCUUUAUCGAAGAGUCAGCCGAGCGCUGCUCCAGAUUCGCCGGAGAGUGUAAAGAGCGGAGGGAGGAAUUAA